GAGGCAAACACUCAUUCCCCGUGUGAGAGCUGCUAUUAUGAUCACGCACUGUAUACUCACACUCGCAAAGUCAAACAUAAUGGGAGUGUGGCACCAGUGACACUGUGACCAGUGAGCUGAGGGUGUGAGCGCUGCUGUUGGAGGAACAGGUUGUUAAACUGUGGAACAGGCUUAUGGCCGGGUGGAGGAAUAACUGUGAUGACGUUUCAUUUUCCAGUUUGACGGCUGUUCACUCGUUCAAACCACGAGAGAAUCGCCUGCUCCACCGAGGACUCGACUCCAGAUUCACCAGGAAGCUCCUGUAGGUAAGAACCAGAUCCUCCACCAGCUGCCGCUCAGUCCAUAAUGGCCGCCACCUCAGGCACCAUGUUGCCAGAGAAACAGUUCCAGUGCCCGAUCUGUCACCAGGUGUUCACCGACCCGGUCACCACUCCCUGUGGACACAACUUCUGCCAGGCCUGCAUCCAGAGUGCGUGGGACGGCAUGGACGUCUGCCAGUGUCCCACCUGCGACCGGUCCUUCAGCCCCCGGCCUGAGACCAGCAUCAACUCUGCCUUCAAGGAGCUGGCGGACUCGCUCAGGAACAUGGUGGUCUGCUCCUCGGCCUCGCCGCUGUGUGCAGCCCAGCCCGGUGAGGUGGUGUGCGACGUCUGUGCCACCGCGUCCCUGCAGGUGAGAGCCCUGAAGUCCUGUCUGGUGUGUCUCACGUCCUACUGCGCCGCCCACCUGGAGCCUCACCAGAGGGUCUCCACCCUGAAGAUGCACAAGCUGAUCGAGCCGGUGAAGAACCUGCAGGACCGGAUGUGCAAGAAGCACGAGAGGCUGCUGGAGAUGUUCUGCAGGGACGAGCAGAAGUGUGUGUGUCUGUUCUGCACCGAGACGGAGCACAAGGGUCACCAGGCCGUCUCCAUAGAGGACGAGAGCCGGGAGAGGAAGGUCCAGAUGAAGAAGACCGAGGCAGAUUUUCAGCAGAUGAUCCGGGAGCGUCUGAAGAAAGUAGAGGAGAUCAAGAGCUGCCUGAAGCUCAGUGCAGCGAGUGCCGAGAGGGAGAAGAAGGACAGCGACCGUCUCUUCUCGUCUCUGAUCCGCUACGCCCAGGAGAGACAAGCUGAGGUCUCCACGGAUGUCGAGGAGAAGCAGGGGGCGGCGGAGAGGAGGGCGGAGGAGCUGGUCACCGAGCUGCAGCAGGAGGUCACUGAGCUGCGGAGGAGAAACACCGAGCUGGAGGAGCUGGGGAACUCUGAGGACCAUCUGCACGUCCUGCAGAGGCUUCCCUCUCUCACGUCGCCUCCACCCUCCAGACAGUGGACGGAGACCAGCGUCCACCCGGAGCUCUGCGUGGGGACGGUGAGGAGAGCUCUGUCCAAGGUGGGACACACCCUGAAGGACGAGCUGGACGUCCUGAAGAGACAAGAGAUGAAAAGGAUGCAGAAAUAUGCAGUGGAGGUGGUGUUAGACCCGGACACCGCCCACCCCAACAUCGUGCUGUCGGCCGACGGGAAGCGGGCGGGCCGCGGCGAGCUGCUGCACGUGGUCCCUGAUAACCCCCAAAGGUUCGAUCCCGUGAUCUGCGUCCUGAGCAGGAGCGGCUUCCUGUCCGGGAGGUUCUACUACCAGGUCGAGGUGGGGACAAAGACCUUCUGGGACCUGGGCGUGGUCAAGGAGUCCGUCAACAGGAAGGGGAUGAUCACGUCCAAGCCCGAGAACGGCUACUGGACGGUGCGGAUGAGGAACGGGGACGAGUACCGGGCUCUGGACUCCCCCUCGGUCCAACUGUCCCUCAGGGAGAAGCCCCAGACUGUCGGGGUGUUCACGGACUACGAGGCGGGGACGGUGUCCUUCUUCAACGUGGACAACGGGUCUCACAUCUACAGCUUCACCGGGUGUCUGUGGUCCGAGAGGAUCUUCCCCUUCUUCAGCCCCGGGGUUUGUGAUGAGGGGAAGAACACGGCGGCGCUGGUCAUCACCGCCGUCAAUCCUGAGACUUAGAGGACGAGUCUCCUGCCGCUCUGAGGCUUGAGAUGAUUCAGAAAUGAUUCAAUAUUUGAAAAUAUGAUGAAACUUUUAACCUUUAAAAGCAGCAGCUUGAUUAGAGUGAGUCUGAUGUGUGAGUGGGAACAAGGAGAAGUCUCAAACUGUCACAACCAGCUGCAGCUGAAGAGUGAAGCUGAACUGAGAUCAGUUAAAAACACACUGAGGUUAUUAAAAACCAGAGAUUUCAGUUGUGUUGCUUUAAAAGUUAAAAGUCUUGUUUUACUGCUCAUCAGCUCUUCUCAAAGAUUCUGUCCCAUAUUCACAAAUCCUGAGAUUUAAUAGUAAACUACUGAGGAAUAUAUGAAUAAAAUUACUAUUGAAAACCAUCUUUACAUUUUCAUUUUAUAUAAACUAAUCACCAUCAUUGCUCCGUCAUGUUUUGAUCAACUCAAACUCUUUAUUUUCCUUUAUCCCGUGUUGAGCCUGUAGAUUCUAAAUGAACAUGGACGACAUGACAGCUCUCAAUCACAUGCAGAUGUGUUUAUAGAGAUCAGACGAUAAACAACACACAUCACCAGGUCAGGUUCUCCUCUCUUCGCCCAAGUGGUCUCCUUUUUACUUCAAUCAGCGUUUCAUGGUACAGAGGGAGACAAAUAAAUACAGACAGAACAGAAGAGGUGUGGGUUGGGGGCAGGGGGGUGUCAAGGGACAUCAGUGAACUCUAAGUCCUGAAGUGAAAAGCAGAACCUCAUUCUAUACAGAAUAAUGGCAACUGUGUUUUUACAGUAAGUCAAGUUAAAGUCCCCCAAAACAAACACAAACCCAGGAGUGACAGGUCUGUAGAGAGAGAAAGACAAAGCGAGGGGCCCCGUCAAACAAACACAGGAACACAGUGAAAUCAUUAAAAAGAAUACAAAAAACUUGCGUCGUUGCCUUUUUUUUUUGGUAGAUUUUUACUUGAAAAAAUACUUUUAAAAAGUAACAAAUCAGGAGGAAACAGCUGCGGUGAAAGUUUUUAGUUUCACACGAUAGAGGAC